AUGCUGCUCAUCGGUCUAACAGGGUCUAUCGCCACGGGGAAGUCAACCGUCUCAAGCCUGCUUUCAUCCCCACCCUACUCCAUCCCUGUUAUCGACGCGGACUUGCUCGCACGACAGGUCGUCGAGCCAGGAACUCCAGGAUACCGCAAAAUCGUAGCAUACUUUGGCCCGAGCACCCCGGACCUACUGCAGCCACCCAACCCAGCCGAACCCAAUGGCGGCAUUGACGGACCCACCGGCAAAGGCAGGCCGCUGAACCGCACCGUGCUCGGCCGGCGCGUCUUUGGCGACGACCCGGACCGCAGGCGCGACCGGGCCGUGCUCAACGGUAUCGUCCACCCUGCCGUCCGCUGGGCCAUGUACAAAUCCCUGGGCUGGUACUACGUCAUGGGCCACCGGGCCGUGGUGCUCGACGUGCCGCUGCUCUUCGAGGCCGGGCUGGACAGGAUGUGCGGCACCGUCGUCGUCGUGGCCGUGCGGGACCCGGCCGUCCAGAUGGCGAGGCUGCGCGCGCGGGAUCCGCACCUCAGCGCCGAGGACGCCGAGGAUAGGGUGAAAUCCCAAGGCGACGUGCGCGAAAAGGCACAGAGGUGCGAGGCCAGGGGUGGCGCGAGGGGCAUCGUGGUCUGGAACGACGGAGACAAGACGGAGCUCGAGAGGGAGCUGAGGCGUGCCGUCCAGAUCAUUUUCGAAAGCAGCCCCAAGUGGUGGAGCUGGGCGCUGCUGCUGUGUCCGCCGCUGGCUGUCGCGUCUGGGGCUUGGAACUUUUGGCGAAAUACGCAGAUUAACAACGAGUGGAAGGAGAUGGAACAGAGAGGACGGGCGAGGUUGUAA